AUGGAUUGCAUCUUGUUAGCAAUCCGGGCGUCUCAAGAAUUGGAUGCACAGGAAAGGAUAAAGGAGCAUUUUGGUGAAAGUGUUGCGAUAUAUGCACUGGACAGUGGUAGCCUGCUUCGCUGUGCCGAGGAUCGAAGCGAACAGGAUGCAGUGUUCCGAUCCUGGGUCAAAGAGAUCUGCCUUCUCCUCAAUAUAACAUUCUCUGAUGGUGCGGCACCAGCGAGUUCUGGUGGUGAUAAGCCGAAAAAGAAGACCGAAACGGCGGAUUCGCCAAUGGUAUUUUUAGAGAGCACAGUGAUGGCGGAGUGUCUGUUUUUUUUUUUCAGACAAGUGCGCGAGUUGCUGCAAGCAAAUCACUUGUCUCAGUUGGAGAAAUUAUUGUUGGUGCUCAGAGACCUCACAACGGCGCAGAAUGCACAUGCACGCAAAGGUGGCCUCAUUGGCCUUGCAGCUGCUGCAAUUGCGCUUGGAAAGAGUACAUCAGCAUACACGUCGCAUCUAAUCGAGCCUGUUCUAACAUGCUUCAAUGAUCCAGAUCCCAGAGUGCGCUAUUACGCUUGCGAGGUGUCACUGUAUAAUAUUGUGAAAAUCUGUCGCUCCUCGGCACUCUCUCACUUCAAUGAGCUUUUCGACACUCUUUGGAGGCUGUCCGCAGAUACAGACUUAAACGUACGCAGUGGAGCCGAACUUCUGGAUCGUUUAUUGAAGGUUUGA